GGAUAACGAAGCCCAUGUACCCACCACCCAGCUUCAACAAUUACCAGCUCAUGAAAAAUUCUGUUUCAUCUAUAUCACCUCCUGCUAUCCCCCCUACUUCAGAUUAUUUUGAGGCAAAUACCAUAUUUCAUAUAAUUUUAUCAGUAAAUAUAUCAUUUUUCUCUAAAAGAAUCUUUUUUUUUAAAAAAAAUCAUGACUACAAUACCAUUAUCACAACUAAAAAAGUUAACAGUUAUUCCUUAAUGUCAUCAGAUAUCCAGUGUUUAUAUUUCUUUGGUCUUUCCACUGUGUUUUUUUUCUUUUUGUUUUUUUGGCCACGAUGAGCAGGAUGUGGGAUCUUAGUUCCCUGACCAGGGAUCGAACCCAUGCCCCCUGCAGUGGAAGCGCAGAGCCUUCCCUGAACCACCAGGGAAGUCCCACUGUUCCACUUUGGUUGUUGGUUUUCUUGACUGUCUUCCCCACUGGAUCCGAUCAGGGACCUUGGCAGCCCCUGCUGUCCAUGGAUGGGGCCAAUACACCUGUGUUCACACACCCAAGUGAAGACAGCCACUGAUCUGUAGGUGAGCAAAGACACUAAGGGCCUAGCUGGCAGGAGCACCCCCGUUCCAAGAUGAAGAGCUGUCCUUAGCAUGAGCGCUGACCAGGCUCAGCCAGGUGCUCAGAGCCCCCGCCUCACCUCACCUGGGGCACCCUGCCAAAAUACUCACACAGUCCCUGCUCCUUACCACCAUCUCUUCAGCCAGAACCUGCAAGGAUGGGGCCAGGGCAUAAAGAUUUGGGGAAAAUGUCUCAGGUACAUUUGAUGUAUUACCCUUCCUGAGCUCCAUGUGGCCCAACCAAGAUGGGGGCACACCUGGGUGCCUGAUACCUUCACCCUGCACCACUAUAAGAAACCCCUGGGGUGGGCCACUGAGCCCAGCUAUGGCUUCUGGGAAACAAAGGUUAAUGUCAGUUGCCAGGGAGGCCUUGACACCAGGUCUGCUUUGUGACAGAGUCACCAAAACAGCCAGCACCAUUCCCGGGGGAGAAAUGGGGACUGGCCCUUUGUUGGAUUAUCCAUGGACCACCUCCCCAGAGGGGCUUUCCCUCACUCCCCUGCUCCUCCCCUGGGCCAUAGUAGGUGACCCUCUGAGCUCCUAGGACUGUUACCCCGGGCCAACCACAAGCGAGUCCAAUGCCAGCCUGAUCCCAGAAUAGACAUCAAUGCCCAUCUGUGGAAGAAGACUGCCACAGGCUCACCCUCUGCAGAGCGCCCCUCUCCACACAACUCUCUCCCCAAGACCAAUUGCUAUGUUGACACCAGGCCAGAAGCUGCCAGAUGAUAACCUAUGGUUUCCAACUGCUUUCUGGAAGGACUUCCUCAGGCCUUGCCCUGGUCAGAAUAGCCCAAACAGCCUCUACAUCCUCCUCCAGCUGUCUUGGGCCAGCUGUUUGUAUACUGAGUCCUGGAAGCUGACUCAGCUUGCAUCCCCUUCCCCAAGUGGCAAGUGUGUAAUAAAGUGCCCUUGGCGGGGCCGGUGAGGGAAGGCUGGGGCAGGUGGGGUCCUGUGUGUCCCACCAUCUCUAUGAAGGGGCAGUCCUCACAUCUGCCCCGUGCUGAUGAGACCAGGCGUGGGCACAGUCCUGACAACGCAGGGCGGAAAGGAGCAGCCAUUAGCACUAAUGAGGCAGGCGGCCUGAAAGCUUUUUACUUUGAAGCUCCUCGUCCACCCAGGGAACAGUCCGUUCGGCCACCUUGGCUUCCAGGAACCCCAGGCAGAAAAGGGUGCGGGGGCAGGAGCAGGGCUGGGGUUUUGGAGAAGCCUGGAGGAAGAAGGGGGAGGAGAGGUAGGACCAGAGAUGGAGGCAGAGGGCCUGCUUUUGGCUAAGUGGGCUUCUCCCCUCCCCUCUCUCCCCUCAAAAACCCAGGGUCUAGGUCUCCACCCCAACCCCACCCCGCUCUGGUCACUGGCCCAUCACCCCCUCCAAUGCCCUUGACCCAAGUUCCUGGAAGCAAAGGGAACAUGCCAUGCGUAGGGUCUGAAUGAGCAUCUCCGGGGCCACAAAUUAAAUUAAGUGUUCAGGGCCGCCUUCCUUGUUAUUGCUAAUGGCUCCAGCCUACCCAUCCCCAUUCCCCAGGUCCCUGUCCUGGGGAAUGAAUGUGGGGGCCCUGGGCAUCCUAUCUUGUUCCCAAACUUUGAUUGGUUCCUGGAGACCUCACUCCAAACUGGAGAUGGGUACCCCUCUUAUAGAGCCCAGGUUCCAGUGAGAGAGGCCUGAACUGUGCCCCCACCCUCUGGGGGGGCGCCCUCAUGCCCUGGCUGCAGGGAGCAGUCACGUGUGGGCCCUUCAUUAGACCCUGCCAUAUAAACCGAGGGCAUGGGGUGGCCAGGAACUCUUGGGGCAAGGAUCCAGCAAGCAGAGGUAAGUCCUCAGGUUGGGCAGAGACUCCUACUCUCUAGGGGUCUUCUGUCUGGGAUAGGGCACUUAGAGGGUGUUCUAGGGAUGAAGAGGGACUAAGUGGUGGGUCUUCCUGCUGAGCCAGGCCAUGCUGACCACAGUGCUGCUGAGUUGUGCCCUGCUGCUGGCAAUGCCCGCCGGGCAGGGGGCCCAGAUGGGCUUGGCUCCCCUGGAGGGCAUCGGAAGGCCUGACCAAGCCUUGUUCCCAGAGCUCCAAGGCCUGGGCCUGCAGCCCCCACUUAAGAGGACAACGGCAGAACAGGUGGAAGAGGCUCUGCUGCAGGAGGCAGAGGCCAAGGCCUUGGCAGAGGUGCUAGAUCCGGAAGGACGCAAGCCGCGCUCCCCGCGUCGCUGCGUAAGGCUGCAUGAGUCCUGUCUGGGACACCAGGUACCAUGCUGCGACCCAUGUGCCACGUGCUACUGCCGUUUCUUCAACGCCUUCUGCUACUGCCGCAAGCUGGGUACUGCCGCGAACCCCUGCAGCCGCACCUAGUUGGCCGACGUCGGGGUCGGGGCUGGGGCAGGGGAGCGACAAUAAAGGAUGGGACCAACCCCAGGGUUGUGGUGUUAUUUCGAACGUGACCGUCGGAGGGGGGAGGUCAUGGCAGGGGCAAAGGUGUCUCCAAGCCAAGACACCACACACACAUCCCUACCCCAGGGCCUGCGCUAUCCCAUCAUGAG